UCAAUAAUGGUGGAAAAUUGAAUUCUCCGCAACACCGGCAAAACCACUUUCCUUCUCCAUAUCAGUUUCAUCCACUAUCCCCGAAUAAGCAGAAGCUAUAUACCCCCAAAUAUCCUGUAAACCAGAAGGGUUCGGGUUCAGUGUGUCCAUUUCUUUGUUCUUGUUGCACAGUUACAUACCCAAAACAUCUGUUAUACCCUAAUUUAAUCACACCCAUUUGAUAGAUAGUUUUGCCGGGAAGCGUUUUCAAGGAUUUUUGUGGCGGGAAAGGUCCAGAGUUGGCGGGAAUCGGGUUGAGUGAGCGCAUGUGUAACCGUUAGGAUUUCUUUCUUAUGGCGAAUCCAUCUGGAAACGGGACGAAUAAUAACGAUGCGGCUCACCCGAGUCACCACGGCAGCAAUUCGGUGCCGGAGCCUGCGUUGCAGCAUAAUCCUGGUGCCUCAACUGAUUGGACUCCAGAUGAACAGUCAAUUUUGGAAGAUGGCCUCGCCCAGUAUGCAACUGAAUCAAACAUCGUCCGCUAUGCAAAGAUUGCCGUGCAAUUGCAAAACAAGACUGUCCGGGAUGUGGCUUUGCGGUGCAGAUGGAUGUUUAAAAGGGAUAUCAACAAAAGAAGGAAAGAAGAUUACAUCUUGACAAGGAAAAGUAAAGACAGGAAGGAAAAAAUGAAUGAUCAUUUGGCAAGUACAUCUCAUUUAGCAACUCAAACUAAAUUUUCUUCAUAUGUUCAAGGAGCGGUUGCAAAUGGAAAAUCAAAUGCACUGUACAAUGUUAUACUGCCUGCAGUUCUUGCCAGUCCAGCUGGACAGCUUCUUGAGGAAAACGCACUGGCUUUCGAGCGGGUUUCUGCAAAUCUUGAAAUUGAACAGGCACAUGAGAAUAUCAGUCUCCUUUGCCAAGUUCGGAAAAAUAUCCUCGAUAUUAUGAACAAUUUAUGUGAAACACCGGAGAAACUGAAGCAGAUGCCACCGCUUCCGGUGAAGCUGAACGACGAUCUUUACAAUUCGUUGCUUCCUCGCUCAACAUUUCAUCAGCUGCAAUAAUGAUUCCUGCUGCCGACAUUCGUGUAAGACACCAACAACAUGAUGAUUGUCAUGGAAAUAAUUCAUGGGUUUGUCGGUUUAGUUCUUUGUUUUGAGCAAUCUUUGCAGUAAAUAGAGAAAUAAGUAGCAGCAGCAGCAGCAGCAGCAGCAUUGAGUUUGGGAGUUUUGAAUUAGGGUUUGAUAGUCUGAAACAUGAAAACUAAUGAAUGCUUUUACCAAAUUUGUAGAAUUCUUUUCACUCACUUUCUUUGGUUUGCAGAAAUCUUUGAAGAUGCUGUUGGAGUAAAAUAAGAGUACUUAAAUCUAGUCAUGAAAACUAACGGGGUGGGGAUUCCCUGCUUUUGCUUUC